UGGCGCUACAUUCCCGUAACAUUCAAAAUAGGCGCGCGAAACGUGCAGCGGAUGGAGAAGACGAGAGGAGGCGAAGGAGAGGACCACAGCAGGCACUCAUCUGAACAGCCAUGGACCUGAAGCAGUUUGAAGCGGACAACUCUGGCAGCUGCAGGCUGGCCUCUGGGAUCCCUGAUGUGUGCAGGACGGAGGACUGCUGCCUGGGAGUGGAUGAAGCAGGCAGAGGUCCUGUGCUCGGGCCCAUGGUGUAUGGGAUAUGCUUCUGUCCCGUUUCAAAGAAGGAGGAGCUGAAGGACCUGAAAGUAGCAGAUUCCAAGACCCUGACUGAGGCCGAAAGAGAGAAUCUGUUCCAAAAACUGGACGAAGCCAAUGGCUACGUCGGCUGGGCCCUGCAGAUUCUUUCCCCCAACAUGAUCUCCACCAGCAUGUUGCAGAGGACGAAAUACAACCUGAAUGCCCUUUCACACGAUACGGCCAUCGGUCUGAUACAGUACGCCUUGGACAGUGGAGUACAACUCAAAGAGGUGUACGUGGACACGGUCGGCCCGGCAGAGAAGUACGAGGCGAAGCUCUCGCAGCGCUUCCCCGGUGUCGAGGUGACCGUGAGGCCUAAAGCCGACUCGCUCUUCCCUGUCGUUAGCGCGGCCAGUAUCUGUGCAAAGGUUGCCAGGGAUCGUGUUGUAAAAGGCUGGAACUUCGCAGAAGAUCUGGGCGAGAUCGAGACAGAUUACGGCUCAGGAUACCCCAACGACCCCAAAACUAAGGAGUGGCUGCUGAAGUACCUAGACCCGGUAUUUGGUUAUCCUCAGUUUGUCCGAUUCAGCUGGAGCACCGCACAGACGCUCAUGGACAGCAAGGCAGUGACCGUACACUGGGAUGAUGAUGAAGAGGACGGAGAGAAGGCGGCGCAGCGGCAGAACAACCGGUCCAUGUUGUCUUAUUUCAGCGCUUCAGCGGAAGGCGACAGAACCCAGCAGGCACACCGCUUCUUCUCUGAGAGGAGGCUGAAGAGUUUAAAUUCCCUCUGAAAAGGCAUCGGAGGAUGUGAAAAUAUCUCCUGGAACUUAUUUAGAGAAUGCUCUUUUGCAGCACAAACAUCUCUUCAGAGUAUAAUAAAACAUCAGUGCCACAUUUCUCAUCGAAGCAAAUGGCAAUCUUUGUAUAUCUUUUUUCUAUUUUUUUUAUUAAAUAAAAUAGUGUGUAAACAUGU